GUGGGAAGAGGAAGAGAAUUAAAAGGUGAGUGAGCAUGAGCAUGAGCAUGAGCAUGAGGUGAGUUUCGAUGGGGAAUUGCAACGGCUGCAUGAGAGAGUCAAGCGAAAGGCAAAGGAGAAAGCAGAGAGGCAAAGCAAACCCUUACGCGGAGGAGGAGCUUGGCUAUGGCGUUCCCAUCCGCGUCCUCAAGGACGUAACCUCUCGGACCCUCAUCGCCGACAAGUACGUCAUAGGUCGGGAGCUGGGUCGGGGGGAGUUCGGGAUAACCUACCUCUGCACCCACCGAGAGACCAAGCAGGACCUCGCCUGCAAGUCCAUCUCCAAGCGCAAGCUCCGCACCGCCGUCGACGUCGAGGACGUGCGCCGCGAGGUCGCCAUCAUGUCCACCCUGCCGGACCACCCCAACGUCGUCAGGCUCAAGGCCACUUACGAGGACCAGGAGAACGUCCACCUUGUCAUGGAGCUUUGCGCCGGAGGGGAGCUCUUUGACCGGAUCGUCGCACGUGGCCACUACAGCGAGCGUGCGGCCGCGCACGUCGCUAGGACCGUUGCCGAGGUUGUUAGGAUGUGUCAUGCGAAUGGCGUCAUGCAUCGGGACCUUAAGCCUGAGAAUUUUCUGUUUGCUAGUAAGAAGGAGAAUUCCGCUCUCAAGGCUAUUGAUUUUGGCCUCUCCGUCUUUUUCAAGCCCGGGGAGAGGUUUUCCGAGAUUGUGGGGAGUCCUUACUAUAUGGCGCCGGAGGUUUUGAAGAGGAACUAUGGCCCGGAGGUCGAUGUGUGGAGUGCUGGUGUCAUUCUUUAUAUUUUGCUUUCUGGGGUUCCUCCGUUUUGGGCAGAGGAUGAAAGAGGGGUGGCUUUGGCCAUUUUGAGGGGUGUGAUCGACUUCAAGAGGGAGCCUUGGCCUCAGAUUUCGGAUACUGCUAAGAGCCUUGUGCGCCAGAUGUUGGAGCCUGAUCCCAAAAAGCGCUUGACGGCUGAACAGGUGCUUGAACAUUCCUGGUUACAAAAUGCAAAGAAAGCUUCUAAUGUUCCAUUAGGAGAUAUCGUGAGGACAAGGCUUAAGCAGUUCUCUGUCAUGAAUAGAUUCAAAAAGAGAGCACUUCGGGUAAUUGCAGAGCAUUUAUCUGUUGAAGAGGUGGAAAUAAUCAAGGACAUGUUUGCAUUGAUGGAUACUGACAAAGAUGGCAAAGUAUCGUAUGAGGAACUGAAGGCUGGGUUACGGAAGGUUGGUUCACAAUUGGCUGAGCCAGAGAUAAAGAUGCUGAUGGAAGUGGCUGAUGUUGAUGGGAAUGGAGUACUUGACUAUGGAGAGUUUGUAGCCGUGACAAUUCACUUACAAAGAAUGGAGAAUGAUGAGCAUUUCCACAAAGCAUUCAUGUAUUUUGACAAAGACGGGAGUGGGUAUAUUGAGUUAAACGAGCUAGAGAUAGCAUUAGUAGAUGAGUCGGGAGAAACUGAUACAGCUGUAUUGAAUGACAUCAUGCGUGAAGUUGACACUGACAAGGAUGGUCGCAUCAGUUAUGAAGAGUUUGUGGCCAUGAUGAAAACGGGAACUGACUGGAGAAAAGCAUCUAGGCAGUAUUCAAGGGAGAGAUUCAAGAGCUUGAGCAUAAAUUUAAUGAAGGACGGUUCACUUCAGCUUCAUGAUGGUAUUAGUGGCCAAGCUAUCAUGGUUUGAGUAACAAAUUAUUUCAUUGUGUAACCUUAGUGCUCACUCAGUUUCUACUCACUAUGCUUGAAAGCAUGGUUUCUGUAAUCUCUCCUUGAAAGCAAGCGAAUUUUGUGUUGGAGCGUUUUGAAGCAUACUGAUUUACCUUGAGUUGGAGUUUGGUUGCUUAGGUUUUUCAGUUGGAUUGGUUUUCGAAGCCUGAAGCCUGAAGCCUGAAGCAUGCGUUGGAGGGUUGCAUACUAAAGUGGUUUUGUAGCUUGUCAGCACAAGUUGCAGGGGGCACAUGCUGCAGGCCUCGAAAUGUCGCAUAUUCUUUGUAUAUCUUUGUCCUGUUAUUCGUGUUCGAUAAUUUCAUUGGUAGAUGUGAUUUUUCUAACUUAUGGGCAGAAACACAGUUGGGAUUUGUCUCUUCGGCGGUGAGAACUUCUGAGAAUGUAUAGUGCCUGUAAAAGCAAUUCAAAAUUGUCGCAAAAAAAUAUAGAUCUUUUGUGCCCAGUCAAGUUUCUCUCGUUCUUGUUCUUGUGUAAAAUUAAAUUCUAUUGUGAACACAAUUCCUGAAAACAUAUGUUCUGAUGUAAAUGUCAUUCAAAAUUAAUUUAGGCAUAUAUUUUAAUAUGUUCAA